AUGUCCUCGAUGGGUGGAUUUAAAGUUCCUAUACUCCAUGGAAUGUGUACCUUUGGCAUUUCUGGAAAACACGUUCUCCAGAAAUAUGGAAACAACGACUCAAAUGUUUUCAAGAGUAUUAAAUGUCGCCUCGCUUCACCUGUAUUUCCUGGUGAAACACUUGAAACUCAGAUGUGGAAGGAAGGAAGUAAAAUUAUCUUUCAAACGCGCGUUGUCGAACGCGAUGUUAUUUGUAUUAAUUCGGCAGCAGUUGAAUUGAAAGGAACCGGCUCCAGCGCCACUCCCAAGACUACUACAGCUCCCAGCGGAAGUCUUAAAGUCGCCGGAUUCCAAGCCUCAGCAGUAUUUGAACAACUUAAAUCCAGGUUAGAUUCAGCUUCGCCGGCAGAACGUCAAGCACAAGUUAAAAAGGUAAAAGGAUCUUUCCAGGUGGAUAUUAUGAACGCUGAGAACAAGAAACAAUCAUGGUAUAUCGAUUUUAAAACUGGGGAUGGUGUCGUCGGUGUUGGUCCUUCCCCUAAGAAGACGGACGUUAUCAUAACUGUUAGUGACUCGGAUUUCCUGGAAUUGGCGAGCGGUAAAUUAAAUGCACAGAAAGCAUUCAUGGCUGGAAAACUCAAGAUUAAAGGCAACAUGAUGCUUGCCACUAAACUCGGUGAUGUACUAGCGGGUGGAAAAACAAAAGCCAAAUUGUGA